AUGGAUCCUCCCUUGCCCUCAGCCGGUCGUUCCAACUCGACCGAUCUUGCUUCUAAUAAGCAAGCCAAACAGCGUGAACUGGAGGAUUUCGCCCAGUCAUACGUCAAAUACACAAAACUUGCUGAAGAUAUAACUGCCACGAUCCACCACGAUCCACAAGCACUGGAGGCUGCCUAUGCACGAAUCACAGAAGAAACACGUCUAGAACAGGCGGGCAAUCCGCCUGCCUCUAGCCGGAGCCCCGAACAAAUCCAGGCAGAUUUGAGAAAACUUGCCAGGCGUUGCGAUAUAACACCGACGUCUUUCGACGACCGCGUCCGUAUAUCCUUUGCUGCUGUCUCGUACGUUUGUAUUCUGGUGGACAAUGUCCUUGUUCCCGAUAGACCACAUUCGGAUUUUCUCACCGUGCUUGGUAUGGCAAAUCGGCUGCUGAGGAAGGUCCAUACAGGAAAACCCUGUCCAACGCCCACUGUUGCCCCUGCGAUUGUGAAGCUUACACCUGCCAACCCCGUCACCCGUUCGGGCCAAGAGACUGACAUCACGCUUUGGCAAUCUCAUCCUGAGGAACUGAUUGGGCACCGCUUUAUCUCGAACGAGAUGAUUCGCAGGGUGUUUGUGGUCACAGACUUCGCCGUCAAGCGAGUCAAGGGGCCUCAAUUUGACGUUGUCUACGAAGACACUGACGAAGUCUUGACUGUUGACCCAGAUUCCCUGUUCGACAUGGUGGCCGGUGCCGAAUUGAUCACGAAUGUGAUCAACGAACAUGCCCGUUUCGUCGGGCCAAGGAGUAUGGUUGACCGUGCUGGACAAAAAUAUAUGGAAUUGAUUUUCUUUCCCGAACGUGACCGAUCGGUUCCAAUCGUCAGCGAUCAGUACUAA